AUGGGAUCUGGUCAUCCCGAGCCCGAGAGCAAAACAAGGAUGGAGCCGGAGAUCCCUAGAGACAUACUACGCGAGAUCCUGGUGAAGCUGCCCACCAAGGACCUCGCACGGUCCCGCUGCGUCUGCAGGCUGUGGCGCCGAGUCGCCAGCCGCCCCUCCUUGCACAACCUCCACGCCAUGGCCAGCCAUGUAACCUCCGCACGCACAGAGGCCUUGCUCGUCACAGUGAGGGAGCCCGGCUGGAGCGACGAGGCUAGCGUCUUCAGCGUGUCGUCAGGGAAGGCCAUGUGUUGUGUUCCCAUCCCUAGGGGCUACGGCCUCGUCAAUGUCUGCAAUGGCUUCCUUUGCUUCGCGCACCGGCAUGGCGAACCCAAGGCACCGGCAGUGGUGUGCAACCCUAUCACGGGCGAGACCGUGGCGCUACCCAAGGCGCCCCCGCUAAUCACGCAUGAUCAUAUGUUCGCUUUGGGAUUCAGUCCCUCCACCAGGGAGUACAAGUUGUUUCGGUUGUCGUACCCGUUAGGGUCAUGGUCUUCCUCCUCCGGGCAGCGUGUGGAGGUGGACGUGUACACCCUGGGCGACACACGCUGGUGGCGCCACCAUUCAUUCAACUCCCAGUCUUGCCCGUCCAAAGUUUCAUCGCCCGUGUCGAUUGACGGCAAGCUAUACCUAGUGACUCUUAGCUGGAUGCAUUACAAGAAACAUGAGAUUCCAAAGCGAAUAUUGGCAAUAGAUGUCGCGACGGAGUCUUACCGUACCUACAAUCUCCCCGAAUACGAGACUCGGCCCUAUAACCAACCAACGGUGGGUGCGUUUGAGCUCAACGGGCGUCUAUGCUUUGCCGCGCACAUCAUAAACUUCACCAACUUUAUGACCAUCCACUUCUGGGUCAUGUCACCUCCACUCGAGGACAUUGAUUUGGAGGGUGACCACCAGCAACCGUCUUGGGAGCUGCGCUACAGCUUCCACAUGGAAGGCCACCAUUUUUGCUUUAAAAGGCCGUGGGGCUGCUGGCUUGACGAUCAAGAGAUGAUGUGCUACUUGAUGGAUAACAUCCUGCACAAGUAUGACACGAGGAAAAGCACAUCGGUUUCCAAGGGUGGUUUUGUACAAUGGGACAAGAAACUAUAUCUUGCCGAGGCACCCUCAUUGGAUGAAUGCUCAUGGAACGUUUUAGGGGGGUACCGCCCAACCCUUCUCUCGCCUCUCUCCUUCCAGUUGGCACCGUCCCAAGACGAUGAUGGAAACAAACACCAAUUCGAGCAUGACAUGUUGACCGGACUAAGAUUGUAG